ACAUUAGACAUGGCGCGCCUCAACAGGAUCCCGCAAGUGUUCAACAUUUUAUUUUAUUUAUGUGUAUUUUUAUGUUGUUUUACAAGAUUAGCAAGUGCAAAUAUCGAAUUAGAUGAAGAUAAUUGGACACAAAUCCUCGAUGGAGAAUGGAUGGUAGAAUUCUACGCGCCCUGGUGUCCAGCCUGUAACGCCCUCGCACCAGCAUGGAAAGAACUAUCGAACCGAGCCAAGAACAAGAACUUAGGGGUGAAGGCAGCAGCCGUGGACGUUACCAAGUCUCCGGGGCUCAGCGGAAGAUUCGUGGUCACCGCCCUGCCUACUAUAUUCCAUGUGAAGGAGGGUGAGUUCCGUCAGUACAAAGGUCCAAGAGAUGUAGUCUCUAUGCUGGAGUAUGUGGAACAGGGUCGUUGGAAGCAAAUCGAGGCCAUACCUUCCUGGAAGGCACCUAACUCGCUCCAAAUGGGACUCGUAGCGCACUUCUUCAAACUAAGCCAGGCUUUGAGGGGUGUCCAUAACAUGCUUAUGGAAACAUACGGUCUGCCCACGUGGGGCUCCUACCUCAUAUUUGCAGUCGGUACCAUCUUCAUCGGAGCUCUGCUGGGAUUGAUCUUAGUCUGUAUAAUAGACCUAUUGUACCCUCCCCGGAGACCGGAGAAGGUUAUGGUUAGUCAGGCGGAGGUGGACAAGAAGAAGGAACAAGACGGGAAGAAAUCUGAUGAUGAACAGGAACUAAUCAAUGAUGACAUUGUCGACGACGCGGAACACGACAGCGAUGUUGAGAAGAAUUCGCCGAGCGAUACAUCAGAAGAUGAUAAAGAAAAGACAGGCGCCGGUGACGAAGGGAAAAAUAACGAUAAACCUGAAGUGCGCAAGCGCAGGCCGCGUAAAGCUGACUAAAUAGAUCUAGAACUCUGAAGAAACUACACUUGACCUCUGAGGAAACUUAACUGGAAACUAGAACACUACAAGCCUUUAUUGAUAAGGAUAGUCUUGUUUAAAUUUGUUGAUAAAUGCGAUUUUAUACUUUGUGUAAUGAACCAGUUUGUAUUUAGCGCAUAAUGCACAAAAACAUGGUUUUCUAAACAAAUUAAAUGUGUUUAGUGAUUUAUACGUGUGCACGGAUUUUGAAAGUGCACUAAUGUGUAAGUUAUUUCGAAAUCUUA